GUAAGGAGGUUUACGUGACGUAACCGCGGCUGUCAGCGCUCGGCCAAUCAGCGCCGACUCUGCGGUGCGGCGCUGCUCCAGGAUGAUAGGGACCAGAGAGGGGUUGGUGUUCAGCCAUGAACUUUAAUAACUUCUCCACAUCCACCGGUUGAGAGCACCUUCAGCCAUGCCUGUGACAUCUCAGCUGUUCAGGGGUUUGCCCCGUACCAAGGUCUUGGCCUCCGGUCUGUUACCAUGCCAACACCACCAGUCCCAUCUAGCACCCAUCACUCAGCGACCUGCCUCAAGACGGCCCUCUUGUAUGUGGCAGAGCCACCAACACUCAAGAAGCUACCAGACAACCUCAGCUCUACGCAGCUACAUCCUCACACCCCCGCAAGUCAACUCUAUUCUGAAAGCCAACGAGUACAGCUUCAAGGUGCCAGAGUUUGAUGGGAAGAAUGUGUCAUCGGUGAUGGGUUUUGAGAGUAAUCAGCUGCCAGCCAACGCUCCCAUAGAAGACCGUCGAAGUGCAGCCACAUGCCUGCAGACACGGGGAAUGCUGCUGGGUGUGUUUGAUGGUCAUGCUGGCUGCGCCUGUGCACAGGCGCUGAGUGAGAGGUUGUUUUACUACAUCGCCGUGUCUCUGCUGCCACACGACACGCUGUGUGAGCUCGAGGCCGCGGUGGAGGGCGGCAGAGCCCUCAGUCCCAUCCUGCAGUGGCACAAACACCCCAAUGACUACUACAGCAAGGAGGCUCAGACUCUCUACUUCAACAGCCUCCGGACAUACUGGCAGGAGUUAAUAGAUCUCACAAGCCCAGGCGAAGUUCCAGACACUCGCGAGGCGUUGCUGAAUGCCUUCAAGAGGUUGGACAAUGACAUUUCCCUCGAGGCACAGGUUGGAGACCCAAAUGCUUUCCUGCACUAUUGGGUCCUGAGAGUGGCAUUUUCUGGAGCGACGGCCUGCGUGGCUCACAUUGAUGGAUCAGACCUGUAUAUAGCCAAUGCAGGAGACGCUCGGGCAGUGUUGGGGGUGCAAGAGGAGGACGGUUCUUUCAGUGUUCACACACUCUCUAAUGACCACAGCGCCCAGAAUGAUGAGGAGGUGGCUCGGAUACGGGGUGAACACCCUCCAUCAGAGAGGAAGACAGUUAUACGACAGGACCGGCUGCUUGGCCUCCUCAUGCCGUUCCGUGCGUUUGGGGAUGUGAAGUUCAAGUGGAGUAUUGAACUGCAGAAGCGCGUGUUGGAGUCUGGACCUGAUCAGCUCCAUGAAAACGAGCACACUAAGUUUAUCCCUCCAAACUACCACACACCACCAUACCUGACCGCUGAGCCUGAGAUCACGUACCACAAACUACGGCCACAGGAUCGCUUCAUGGUGAUUGGCUCUGACGGCCUCUGGGAGACCCUCCACAGACAGGAAGUGGUUCGUAUCGUUGGGGAGUAUUUAACCGGGAUGCAGCAGCGCCAGCCCCUCAAAGUUGGAGGCUACAGGGUCACCCUGGGACAGAUGCAGGGCCUGCUAGAAGAGAGGAAGGCUCGUGUGUCUUCGGCUUUCGAGGACCAGAACUCGGCGACCCACCUCAUGCGCCACGCGGUGGGAAACAACGAGUUCGGCACGGUCGACCACGAGAGGCUGUCGAAAAUGCUGUCGCUGCCCGAGGAGCUGGCUCGCAUGUACCGCGAUGACAUCACCAUUAUCAUCUCUCAGUUCAACCCUCAUGUGAUUGGAGCACAGAGACAGGAAGGACAGUCCUGAGCUGUACAGAAGCCAUUAAAUGGUGUUACAACACACACACACACACACACACACACACUUGUGUAACUGAGUACUGUAGAUCUCAGAAGCACACUCUGCGGACAAACAGGCCAUAUUAAGAAAAUGUCUGUCCAGGACUCUGAAUGAAUUGUUUUAACUCUAGUCAUGUAAAGAAUUUGUAUGUUUGUAUGCAGUGCUAGAGAAGAUCUGGUUCCUUAUGAAGUGAGAAGAUCUCUUUAUAAACAUAACAUGUUAUUUAUGCUGCCAAUAUGCUCUGUUGACCGUUUCAUACACAUUUCUCUGCGUUGCUGGUAAGACACUGUUACUGUUGUUUUUGUGCCAAAAGAUUCAACCUCUUCGUCUGCUGAAAGACUCGGUUGAAAUUAUAAAAAUUCCAAAGAGGGUGAAGGUAAAGAAGCCUUUUGUUGACUCGACCUGCUUUUCUGAUAUGGACUCUAACCGGGCUGCGUCAUUAUGACGCCACACACUUUUUUUUUCUGCUGUCUGGCUUUGUUAUCCGCAUCCCAGACUACUUCUACAUCUGUGAGGCUGAUGUUACGACACGGGACUGUUGCAUCUGUUUUAUUUUUACUAUUACUACUAAUUAUCAUUUACACUGCAGUCUAUCAGUAUUUGGAUGUUGACGUCUACUCCAGCAUCUGAUUUAAGCGCAGACUUUGAGCUUUGAGGUGUUUACAUCCAUUAUUUGGGUGCAUGCAUUGAUGUGGAUGUAAAUAUUUUAAAAUUUAAAGUUGACCCUUGAAGCUUUAACCUCAUAUUAUAGUGGUUCCUAUCCUGUGUGAGUCCCAAGAAAAACCUCAGGGGUCACAAUCAUAGCAUAGAGACAAGAGAGACAAGAGAGAGAGAGAAAAACAAUUCUGUUACACAUAAUAUUAUAUAUUUUCUCUGACUUUUUUAAGACUUAUAAAAAUACUUAAAUGAGACAAUUAGAAUAAUCUUAAUUUUAAAGGAUCACAAGCCAAAAAUGUUGAGAACUACUGAGCUAGUGAUUGUUUUCAUUUCAAAUCUAAUAAGCUGGAGUACAAAUAUUUACAGUCUGCACAGUCUUAACAAGUUAUUAACUCUUGGCAGGCUUGUACUGUGCACCACUACAGGUAAACUGACUUGUACCUGGAUUUCCUGUGACACUAUCACUUUAUUACUGUGGCACUUCUUCACCGGAAUAAAUAAUAAUGUCCGUCAGUGAAGCUCUAAGCAGACACAUUGACUCAACUCCACCACACUUGUGAAGUAGUUGGAGUAAAAUUAAAGUUUGUAGUCAUCUUUCAAGGUUUUUGGGGAUUUAAAAGGGAUGUGUGUUAAAAUUAGCAGUGGUAAACACUUUGGGAUUUUUUUAAAAUUCAUGGUAAACACUCUCCUGAUACUCUCCAAACACUAUAGAUGAGGCCGUGCCUGUGUGUUCAAAUGUAUUUAAGCCCAAAUAAAUGAGCAGAAUGUAAAUUUGAAAGAAGCUGUUUGAAUAUUAAAGAUUAUUUAUUCAGCUUCAGCCGUAUGUUACACGUCUUUAUCUACAUUUGUAUGUAUAAAAUUGUAACUUAUGUGGGUUAAGUUUUGUAUAUGGAAUGGUUUAAUAAAACACUGAAUACACA